AUGUCUUCCUACACCAUGUCCAACGCUAUGUCCAACAACUUCUCGAUUACCGAAACCGACAGCGAAGGACAGAAUUCAACACCUCUUUUGCGUGUCUGGCACUUGACCCGGCCUAAUGAUUCCUCUUAUGCCGAUGCACUGAGCAACCCGCUGAUGUAUCGUGCGCAAUCAACUCUGUCUCCAUUCCCGGAUGCCAUAUCCGUGCUCACGGCCACACCCGACUACCUGUCUACCGGCGCCCCAAGACUCGUGCCACAAUGGUGGAGGUGCUGCGGAUGCGCCAAUUUGGUCAAUCCCAGUCUAGCACCGGAGAAGAAAUGUCCGAUUUGCUCGCACUCUGAGUGCGGCAGUUGCAGCACAGAGACUGUCCCCUAG